AUGGAGGAGGCGAACUACGAUGCCGAUGAUGAUGAUGAAGAGGCCGAGCAGGAGAAUGAGAAAGACGCAGAGAAUGAGACUGAGACGGUUGACAAGAAGAACGACGCCACCGCUGAGAAAGCGCAGCCAAAGCAGGGCGCCAAAAAACGGCGGCGAGGGGGGCGAAAUGCUCGAGGAAAAGUCAAGCAGAAGGAGAAAGAGCAGGAUGAUGAGGACCAGCAGCUGGCAGCAGCAGAGACCAUUGGACGCUCGAUCCUGACGGCGAAGAUGAAGAAGACGAAGAUGUGUGACUUCCACAAGGAGGGAAGGUGCAAGUACGGCUCCGAGUGCGCCUUUGCCCACGACCAGUCCGAGCUACAAGAGGCGCCGGACUUAAGAAAGACCCGCUUGUGCCGGUCCUUCCUGGCGGGGAAGUGCACGGAUGCCAACUGCAAGUUCGCACACGGGGAGGAGGAGCUGAGAGCCGCUGGGAGAAGCAGCGACGUCGAUCGAUGUAGGGCGGGCCGCGGAAUCCGCUCCGCUCGGGUGGAGGAUUCGAUCUGGCCUUUUUGGCUUUGUGCCGCCCUCCUUCAGGGGCUCCGUGCCCUACCACACAAUGAAGUUGGCCUUUCUGCAAUGCAGACAGUGAAGGCUACGAGAGCUACAGACAAGGCUUCGGAGCAGAGCGGAGUUUUGCAGGAGUUGCGUGUGCAAAAAGCAGCUCUUUCGUCUCUUCAGGAGAAGAAGGCAGAGGAGGAAGGAGCCUUGGAAGUCCUACAGGCCCGUGAAAAGCAACUGUCCACCGAGCUGCAAGAACUUCUCUCAAGACGGACGAAUUCGGGUGCUUUAUCCUUUCUGCAGGAGUAUGCCGAGUCCGGCAAUGCCGAGUCGGCGGAACGACGCAGCCAGCAGCAGGCUGAGGAUGACCGCCUCGCAAGAGCAGAAAGAAGCACAGAGAUGUCGCGGAAGCUGCUUCGGAAAACCUCUCAAGAGCUCUUGGAGCUGCAGAAACAGAUUCAAGUGCUCAAAGGGCAGCAGGAGAAAGUCCAGAAAGAGGAGUCAAGCAAAGAGAAGCUUUUGCUCGAGAUGCACCAGACCCUUGCAGAGCCCGUGGCUGCAGAGGCGGAUGCCAUGGACCUUCAAGUGCGGGUCACUGGCUCCGUCUUCGAGAAGGAGGCCAAGGGGCACCCCAAGGAGCGCGAGCGCCAAUCCGCGGGCCUGCGACGAGUCAAGGCAACCAUCGCAGAUCCCCAGUUCGCCCUCAGGGAGCCGCUGAGGGAGCAACAGCAACAGCGCUGGCGCGACCGGGCCGCCGAGGUGCACCGGGUCGCCGAGGCCACGGCGGAGGAGCACGGAGCCGCGGCGCAGCUGGAGAAGGAGAACCAGGCGUUUCGUGAGGAGCUGCGGAGCAUCGCGAGGGCUGACAAGGUGGAAGGGGAAGAAGCUGAGGCAGUGGCCCAGCACCUCCACAAGUCCAUGGAGUCUAAGGAGAAGGAGCUGAACCGUGAACAAGAGGAGUUGCGUCGCGAGCAGGGUGAAGUUCAAACACUUCUUGGGCAGAUCCGGCACGAGACUGCUCAAAGGGACUCCACAAAGGCAGAGGUCGGCAGGAAGAGGCAACUCCUGCAAGAGUCCCAAACAAAGCUCCAGAGCACACAUGAGGUGGUUUCUGACUUGAAAAGGAACGAAGCUGACUUGGAGCUCAAAGUGCUGAACCCGCUUGAAGGAGAAAUGGCACAGUUGAAAACUUUGCAGGCAGCCAGGCUGAGCAACUUGCAGAAAAAGGAUGCAUUGGCCAGAGAAGUAGAGGUCACGUCCCGAAAUAUCUCAGACCUUCGCUUGGCGCUGGCGCGGGAGAAGUCCCGUCAGUCAGUGCAAGACAUUUGGGACAAACCCGCCCUUGCAGAACUGAAGGAGAAGACUGCCAAAGCCAAAAGAGUGAUGACACGAUUGCUGCGGAAGGUGGCCCAGCAGACCGGCCAAGUGCGUUUGCGGUUUCGUGCCAAGUCCAAAGCUGCCGAGGCGAAGCGACAGGCAGCUGUUUUGGACUUAGAGGCCAUGCUAGAAGCAGAGACCCAGAAAGAGAAGAAGGCUUUGGAGGUACAGAAUCGAUCUCUUGCUCAUGAGCUCCUUCUUGCAAAGCAGAAGGAUCGGGCGCGGGUGGAGAUCAGGAAGCAGGAGGUCAAGUCCAAGGAGCUGCGCCGUGAGUUCCAACAGGUGAAGUCUGAGGAAGCGAAGCAGUCCGAGAAAGCCCGCCAUGAGGCCCAGAAAGUGGAAGUGCAAUUGAAAGAGCGACAGAAAUCCCUUGAAGGCAAAGUCCGGCAGAAGGAGCAGGCAAUCUUGAAGCUUCAGAGCCAGCGCUUGGGACGUGGCCAAGAGAUGCUUUCUUUGCAACAACACGUCGCUGUGGCUCGAUCUCAGGAGAAGGCGGUGAUCCAAGACAUGCACAAGAUCAAGGAAGAGAGAGUGCGAUUGGUCAGCACAGAAGAAGUGGAACUGACCAAUGGUCUUGAACGUCUCCACAGGGCUGAGGAAGAGGAGGGAAGGCGUAGAGUCGAGGAGAGCAAAAACCUCAAGAGCGCAAUGGAGGCAGAAGAGACGAAAAGCCAACUAGCGAAGGAUCGAAAGAUUGCACAGUUGGAACGCGACAUGCAAAAGCUUGGGGCACAAUCUGAGAACCAACUACAGCUGCCAAAGCUCAAAAGCAUGCUUGCAGAGGAGGAGGGCAAGGUACAGAAGCUUCGUGGCUUCUUGGCCUUUGAGAAAAAGCUUUCAUCAGCAGCCAAGGUUGCCUUGAGGAACCUGUGGGAGCACUUGCGAGAAGCAUAG